AUAUUUACGUUUCGCUAUCCCUGUUUUUGAGCUACAAGAAAACUGGUUACAGAUGCUCCUAACAAGUAACAUUAGUUCUCCGACAGAAGCGGACUAUUUGGAUGUGAACACAGACAUCUACUCAAAAGUCCUGGUAACUGUAAUCUACGUGGUGCUUUUUACAGUCGGCUGUCUCGGAAACUCUGUUACACUCUACAUCAUGUGCAAGAGGGACUCCUUGCAGAAUCUCCAGAGUACAGUCCACUACCAUUUGGCUAGCCUGGCAGCAUCCGAUUUACUAAUCCUUUUGUGCAUGCCGGUCGAGCUGUACAACUUCAUCUGGAUCCAUCACCCAUGGGCAUUCGGAGACGUUGUCUGCAGAGGCUAUUACUUUCUCCGGGACGGAUGCUCCUACGCCACCGCACUCAAUAUCAGCAGCCUCAGUAUAGAGCGCUACAUGGCACUGUGCCAUCCGUUUAAGGCGAAGAGGGUCAUGUCGCGGGGGCGCACCCGAAAGCUAAUAUGCGGACUAUGGGCGAUGUCGCUUCUUCUCGCUUCGUCAAUGCUUUUCAUUAUGGGGCAACACAACAUAGGGCAUGAGAGGAUCUGCACUCCCAAUGUGUCCACUGCUACCGUCAAAACAGUGCUACAGGUCAACGUCUUGCUGUCAUUUGUGGUGCCAAUGGCUGUGGUGUCUAUCCUCAACUGGCUCAUUGGCAGACAGAUGCAGCGACUUUCCCAGCAGGCAUUGUUACAUCACUCCGGCAGCCCGCCAGCAUCCGGCUAUGCCACUGAGCCAGCCCGUUCCCGAUCGUUGCGUCACGGCGUAACUGUCCUGCGUGUGGUGGUGGUUGCCUUCGUUGUGUGCUGGUUGCCGUAUCACAUGCGGCGUCUCAUGUUUUGCUACAUUAUCGAAUGGACAGAACCCCUGUAUGACUUCUACCACUACUUCUAUAUGAUGACGAAUGUCCUCUUCUAUGUGAGCUCUGCCAUCAAUCCAGUGCUUUAUAACCUGGUUUCGGCCAAGUACCGGGAGCUCUUCUUCGCCACGCUCAGCUCCUCCUGUCUCCACGGCUUUCACAAGAGGGAGUGUGACCGACGAGACAACGAACUCCAUCACCGCCAGCAACUGGCCUCACCUGUGCAACAUAACCCUCUCAUAACACAACAAACAUCUCUUUCAUUUUCAGUUACCAAUGAAACACUGACCUGACCACUCCAUUACAGGUCAGAGCACUCUCCAUUUACAGAUGUUGUACAAAGGUGUGUGUAGGUGUGUGACCUGUGUGAAGUUGGCACCUCAUAUGAUAAGAUAAGACUUUAUUGAUCCCACAGCUGGGAAAUUUACUUGUCACAACAGCCCAGUAGUAUUUAAAUAAGAGAGUAAGAAAGUUGGAUACAGUAUGCCCAGCAUACAAGCACACCUAAAAAACAAAAAUCACACAGUGAUUGCAACACACCUCAGGGUUUCACCAAUACUUUGAGGCAGAGUGAACCAAUAUAUAUGGUGAAUAAAAAACCUUCACAUCACAUGUACAGUGGAAAAUGCACAUAUUAAUAAUGAAGUUCAUACACUACAUUAACAUUACAGAUUUUCAUGACAGUGGUGUUAUACAUUUUAAUGGCAGAUGGAAUAAAAGACCUGCGAAAGCGUUCCUUCUUACAUGAUGGGUGUAGUAGUCUGUUACUAAAAGAACUGCUUUGCGCAGCCACUGUCCCAUGGAGGGGAUGAGAGGAAUUGGCCAUGAUGGAUGCCAAUUUGUCCAACAUCCUCCUCUCCCCAACCACCUCAACAGGCUGUAGUUGGCAGCCCAGGACAGAGCCGGCCCUUUUUACCAGCUUAUUUAUUCUCUUCCUGUCCCUCUCAGAAAAUAUGAAAAUAUGAAUAAAAGUAUUUGUUUGUGCAUUGUUUGUGCACGAUUGUGCAUGCAAAAUAAACAUUUGUGCAUCAUUGUU